AUGGAGACGCGUGGUGAUGCUACAAGUCCACUCGCCAAAGUCGCGAGAUGCCAACCCGGCCCGAUUGUCGCACGCCUUCUUGAGAUCCAGGAGAGCAAAGAACAACACUACAAGUUCCUGGGUUACCUCAACAGUCUUGAAUGUCUUUACCUAGACGAAACCUACGAGCGAGAUCCUGUUCAUGCUUGGACGCAUCGUACUCCUCUAUUCCGAACCUCCAUCGACGCUUUUCAAGAGAAGGAUUACCUCGCUCUAUCGUACACCUGGGAGCCAUCUGAAUUUGAGGACUGUACCAAGGGGGCCUAUUCAGUGCAGACCAGAAACGGACAAGACUUCUACCCAGCGCUAGUUCGGAAUUGCGUUCUUGACCGUGCGAUUGCCUACAUGCAGCACUUUGGAUUGGGAUUAUUGUGGAUUGAUCGGCACUGCGUGAAGCAGCGCGAGUGCAAGGAUCGUGCAUGCGACCACGAGGAGUGCGAGGAAAAACGAGACGCCGUCCAAGCGAUGGAUUUCGUCUACAGACUUAGUCGCCAGCCUGUCGCGUUGCUCGGUAGGCCCAUCAGCUCAGAGGAUGAAUUAGAUCUCCUCGCUAAAAUCCUUAAGGGAGAACUCGUGGAUGAAAAUCAUGAAACGGGAGAGCCCCAGCUAUCGACAGGGACUGGCCGGUCAGAGGCAAACAGAGCGCUGAUGUUGCUAAACUCUAUGACAAGCGACCGUUGGUGGACGAGAGCUUGGACGUUCCAGGAGUCUCACUGCGGGGGGCAUCAAAUGACUCUCCUCAUCCGCCAUUUCGUUGGUCUGGAGAGAAAGAAGAGGUCUUACGACGUCUUUGGUCAGGACCCUGUCUUUGGCGAUCUUCGAGGCGAGCUCUGCGUCAAGUAUGUCGCUUUCUCUGUUCAAGCUACUAGGCUAUGUCAGGCAUUUUCACGCAUUCGAUUUCGCACGCCGAAAGAGAGCCUCGCGAUCGACCACGUCCUCGGAGCGGCCGGCAGAUACACGCUCCUGCUGAAAAGGUCAGAGGCUAUGUUUCCGAUGAUCAUCGACAAUGUCGGAAGGAGAAACCUGUCGAAGAGUUGGGACCGUCUUCCCAUUGUUGCCAACUGUUGCCAAUAUCCCAUCCGGCUAAACGAAAAAGAGCUGCAAGAAAACGCAUACAGUGUCGACCUGUCCAUCUUUGCGCUGUGUCUGCUCAACGGGGAGAUCCUCCAUAACGGCAGAGCAGAAGAACUUCAUGCCUCACCGUCUCAGAGAAGCGUCCACACGUAUCUGCAGACGCACUUCUUUAAUGAGUUCCACGGUCCUCGAAUUGACCACAACCUGACGUUCAACAAGAGCUGCCGCUUCAUUAACGUGACACUUGACGCGUGUGGUAUCAUGACCGAGGGACACCUCUGGAAGCUGGGCGAAAUUGUCCGGACCACAGACUUUACCGACCGAUCGCCGCGAUCAAGGAAGCCGCGUACUAGCUCGGCAGUACACGGGCAGAGGCGGCUUAACCAACUUGCUUACGAACUCCGAUGUCUUGACCAUGUUCACCUUGCCGAUUUCAUUGAAAAGCUUGACUCCUCUCACAGCGGCAGGAGGCAGCCUCGGUGUUCGACAUUUGCCAAAAGGUAUAUGCGUAUGGAGGCUGACAGGCUGGUCGAAGCAAUCGAAAACGGGGAGACACUCCGUCUCGGCAGGCUCUGGGCUGGUCAGGAAGCUUCAACCCCGUACAGCGCCAUAUUCAUUUGGGAAGAUGGGGACGAUGCUCGGGAGGCGCGCCCCAACCAGCAACAAGCCCCGGCGUCAUUUGUCUUCACGGCGUCACGCCCAAAAGAACCCAAUUCCAGCACAGUCGGCACAAACGACAUAGAUCAUCACGUGUCUCUUGAGGUCACGUUCGCCGGUCUCGACGACGAGCACGGCAUUCCGCGGUUGUAUGUGAGGCGCUGGAUUUCUGGUUUGUGCUUUUUCUACGGCUGUCUAAGGGAGAGUGUGAUGUUCCCGUGGCCGCCUUCAGUGGAAACCGUUAUUCCCUGA